UUUAAGCACAAGGUCUAAUUGAGUUACAUGCUGAUGAAACCGACACACCGAAGUGGCCGCUGCACCAGCUCACCUAACAGACAGCAACGUCUCGAGGCAGAACAGCCUCCUGGGAACAUCACAUUUCAGGGGGAGUGGUCGCAGACCGGCCAAAUAAACAAGAACAGGUGUGUGCAGGGGAAAAAAAUAAAAAAAACAGCAUUUCAGAGUCAAACCAGCUGAGACUAACAAGUGGUUGCCAAGCUGAGGGAGAGAGAGACAGGCAGAGAGAGAGGGAGAGAGGGAGAGAGGGAGACGGUGUGUUUGCAGGGACACACAGAGCAGCUGCGCGCUCAGGAAGCGCAGGCGACAGCAGGGCUGCGAGAGCAUUCCAGUCGCAGAUUUCUGACUCUGAGCGUGUCUGCGCCGCUGCCUCUCACUCCCCCCAUCAGCCUCUUUUUUUUCAGGAGCAGUCAAGCCGAGCCUGUGGAACUCCUGCUGGCUGUGCGCAGGGCUCGACACGCUCUUCUGCAGUGAUGAGGGGUACGACGGCAGCCGCAGGAAUAACGGACUGACCGCCCACAACAGGUCUGACAGAAUGAGGCCGAAAUGAAGGCGUCCAUCUAUCCGUGCUGAUCGCCACCCUAACCGACGCGUGCAGGAUGACGGGGCUCGUCUUGGAACAUGUGUAGCGUUCACUAUAACCACAGCCUAACGGCCAUGAGCGGGAGUGACAUCAUGGCCUAUUCUCUGAGUCUGGAGCAGAAGACGGCAUUCGCGUUCGUAGGGAUGUUGCUGGUGUUUCUCGGCCUGUUGAUCGUCAGGUGUUUCCGGAUCCUGCUGGACCCCUACAGUAGCAUGCCAUCAUCCAGCUGGGGCGACGGACUGGAGGGCCUAGAAAAGGGGACGUUUGAAUACGCUCUUACCUGAGGCCAGAGACACCAAACCCCCAAUCCAUGGCUUCAUUCUAGAGCCCCGUAAAUCAUAUAAAGCCUUUUGCACCAUAUGGGGGCGUGCACACGGGACGCGUUCUGGAACGAGGUUUCGAAAUGCAAAACGUUUUAACGCCAGACUGUUUUUUUUUAACCUGACACACCUUCGUAGAAAUAGGUAAUGUUUGAUGAUGCAAUGGCCAAAGACUUGAUGCAUGAUGCAUGCACAUUUUGACAGGGGUGCAAAGGGGUGGAAAUUUUCAGAAACUUUAUUUUUGGACACUUUUGGUAAGUUUCCAGAAUUUUUCACCCCUUUGCGACUCUACAUAGCAGCGAUAGCUCACGAGAACGCGUCCUGUGCGAACGCCCCCAAAGAGAAUUCAUCCAAACGACACACUGUGACGCAUGGCCUGCUGUUACGACAUCACUCUUGGAUUUUGGAAAAUGAUGUCGCACCAUUUAGCCACUGGGCAUCUCAGGGAAGAGCAAAGAAAGACUUGAACUCAAAUAAAACAAGAUGGCACAUGUGCAAGACAAUGCUAGGAUGUAAACAGGGUACCUUCGCCCUUUCAUUCACGCUUCCACCCCGUUAUAAAGGACCGCAUGCUCGCGAUGCGCCGGCCAAGCAUUUGCAUACUUGCGUCGAGUACCUUUCUGGCCUAACUCUCCUGUUUACCGUGAUCUGGGUCUCCGAUGCCAGUCGAACACUACAAUAACCUGCUGUUUUUGAAAAGCUGUGCAAACAUCUCUGUAGACCCGUGUGUGUUUUUCUAGCAAGUACUAGCAAUCAGUUUCUCUUCACUUACUGCCUACGAAACAUCUGCACACAAACCGCAGAGACUCUACAGGACAUUGCGAGUGAAGAUUCUUGAAUGUCACGUCUGAAAUUGUGACACAUCCUGCCACCUCCAUGUUUGUUUGUGUGUGUGACAGAGGAAGGGUGUGUCACCAUGACAACAGCAGAAAUUUGCGAGCUGGAUGCGAGUGAUGCACCAAUGAAAGCGUAGCUCAUCUCCAGUGUUCUAGUGCUGUGAAUCUGCCUUACUGGAUUUCUGUGCCUUCAUUUAGCAGCGGUAGCGUAUCUCUCACAGGACGAUCUGUGUUUGUGUGCGUCUGUGUGCGUGAGGACCACUGUUGAAGACCACUGUUCUUUGUGUUUCUCUCACGCCGAGGAGGACAGAACGUCCCUCGCCGCGAUGGUCUGUGUUCAUCUGCUGGAAUAAAACAGUUCUGGACCUUUUCCUCGUUCUGCCCGUUUCUUUCCUAAAACAUAAAAAAAUCAUUCUAUUUUCUUUGUAAAUUCAGGCUGCACGUCUUACUGUAAAUAAUUAAUCAGCGCACAUUAUGAAUGCAUUC